GUCGCGCGCGAUUUCGCUGUUACUUUGCUCUUGCUAUUUAUUUUCUGAGUGGGCACGCGUACGAUUCAAUUGCGACGCACCACACUAUAAGAAAUUGCUGUUAGCCACAUUGAUAGUUAAAAGAAAAAAGAAUAUGCUGUGCCAGCUAUCGUGAAUGGUGUGUGUGACAUUCAUUUCCCAUCACCGUGUCUGAUCAUUCGUAUUAUUCAAGGGCGACCAGUACGAAUUGCCAUCGUCUGCUGCUCUCUUUGCUGUUUACUUAUUAGUUACAUUCUUCAGACAUCUCUUUCGACUCAUCAUGCCCCCAGCUUCCAGCGCCAGUGGCGCCAACGAAAGGGAGCGGCUGCACACGAAAUUCGCCGCUGCGGCGACGGCGCUCGCUGACCUCUACCGCGAGUCUUCCAACUCCUAUGAAGCCGGCUACCGCGAUGCCCUCCUAUUCGUCCAGCGCUACCUGCAGGCCAGCACACCGAUGACGUCCUCGCAGGCACCCACUGCUGCUGCGACCUCUUUCCUGUCCUCUUCCUCGUCGGGUCUGUGUACGACGGUCAACGCAGCCCAGAUGAUGCGCUUCCUGCAGGACACCGUCGCAGCCCGUCGUGCGCGCAUGGCGGUGGUACGGGGAGUGCACUCGAUGCGACGGCGCCGCCGCGACAUGGCGGAAACGGUGGACGACACAUCCGAAAACCCGAUUGGAGAGAUGUCUCCAUCAGAAAACGGGGAGAACGACGAGGAGGAGGAGGAGUCCUGGCUGACACCACCGCAGCCACCAUCAACACGUGCAAUCGGCCCAGGCCCGCUCAUUGCGAUGGCUUCGCCGCCCGCCACGGUGGCGGACCACGCAGACUCGACGCUGAACCACGCCAUCGAGCUCAUCACGCAUUUGGAGCCGCGAGGUCCGGUGAUGCGGACACCGCUGCAGCCGCGUCGGCAGCGCCGUCGUACCGAUCGCACGCACGGCGCGGAACUUCGACUCCUUCGCCCCUCGUGUGGACCUCCCGUUUCCCCUCCGCCGCUUCACGUCGGUCGCGGGACGUAA